GUCCGUGGGGCACUUGGUGUGUGCGCAGCACCGUGUGUGUGUGCAACACUCCGUGUGUUGGGAGCUCACUGCGUGGGUCACUGCCCGGCUGUGGGUCACUGGUGUGUGUGAGGAGCUCAGUGCGUGGGUCACUCGCACUCCGUGGUGAGGAGGAGGAAGGCUGCUGGCCGCCCACCCUCCCGCGUCCACUCUUGGCACGAGGCUCCUGUCCAGCCAAGGAAUAUCCGUGCUUGCAGCCAUGGCAUCCUCGGCCUCCGUGCAGAGCCUGUCCCAGCUCCUGGACAAUGCCCUCCUCACUCCCCAGACCAUCAGGUUUGGCGAUCUGCACAGCAUUCUUCAGAUCGUGCUCCAGCACCUGGGCUUGCAGAAUCUGUGUCUCCAGGAGGUGGGGCAGAGCCAGCACUCCAAGAGGCCCUCUCUGGCCACCUCCGUGGAGGAGAUGAAGGAGAAGAUGGAAGCCCAGGAGAACACCUCCAAGGCUCUCCUCCAGGAAAUCACAGACCUGAAGGCGGCACAAUCCCAAAUGGCGCAGCAAUUGCAGAAGAUCCCGGGGGCGCAACUCGAGUCCGCUGUGCAGGAGAUGAAGAGGGAGCUGAAUGAGCUGCAGGAGCAGCAGAAAACCAGCAAGGCCACUCUUGAGGAGAUGGUGGCCAAGACGGCCGACCAGCAGGCACAGCUGCAUGAGUUGAGGGCAGCGAUGCAAAACAUGAAACAGGAACACGCAGAGGCACUGGCAGCGCUGCAGAGUAUGAAGCAGGAACGUGAGCAGACACUGGCAGCGCUGCAGAGUCUGAAGCAGGAACGUGAGCAGACACUGGCAGCGAUGGAGAGUCUGAGGCAGGAACAUGGAAAGGACGAGAAUCCGCUGAAAGAGCUCCAGGCCACGGUCACGCAUCUCCAAAGGGAAUACGAGUACCUCAGCUCUGUUACCGGGAAUCUCCAGGGCGACUGGCAGAAGGAGAAGAAAUAUGCCAAGGCUCUGCUCAAGACCCUGCGGAAGCUGGAGAAGGACAAAGCGGACAAGGAGGAUGUGAUGCAUGAAAUCGCUGAGAAAGCAGACAAAUCCUCCCUGGCCAGCAAAGUCAGCCAGGACCACUUGGAAGGCAUUCUGGAGCAGCUACGAGAGAAGUGGGAGAAGAUGGAGAGCCAGCAGGUGGCCAAGGAGCAGGACUUGCAAGAGAUGCAGCAACGGCUCACGGAAGCGGUGGACGCCAAGCUGGACCGCCAGGAGCUGGGGCCUCUCAAGCAGCAGCUGGCCCGGUUGAAGACCGGUCUGGAAGAGCUGAAGGAGAAGGGGACGCAGCCCGAUGCUGCAGCUGGGAUUAAGUAUCCCCAAGGCCAUUGCCAUUGUCUGUCUUGUGACCGGGUCCUCAGCGCGCCGGUGACUGGCCCGUGA